AUGAGAACUGCAAAUUCAAAUUAAGGAUAAUCCAUAGUCCCUGAUACAAAUGAAAUUAAUGAUUACAUUAAAGAGUACUUGAGAUAUUCUAACUAUUCAAAUACUUUAGAAUGUUUUGAUGCAGAAAUAAAGAGUAAAUAGGUAUCCAAUAAAGUAGAUAAUUAUAUUAAUAUUCUAGAUGUUAAAUAAAUAAUAAGUUAUUAAAUAAACAGGUGAUGAUAUGCCUCGUAUAUUUUAAUUGCUCAAAAGCGAUAAUAUAAAAACAAAAAGAGAAAUCAAUUUAGAGAAGGAAUAAAAGUAAUUUAAUAAGAAAUACUAAUAAAUUUUAUAGGCAGGCAGAUAAAUAUUUUCUGUUAGCAUAAAUUUAUUAUAAUUAUUACAUUCAUUAAAAGAGACAGCUAAAAAUGAAAAUCUAAGCGAAACUUUAGAAAACUAUAAAAUAUAAUUGGGAAAAUAUCAUAAAGUUAUUAUAAAUGAAGGUAAACCAGAAGGUACAGAAUUAAUUACUGAAUAAGUUAUGCAUGAACAUAAAACUAAGCUAUUUAAAAAUUAUUAGGAUAAACAUGUAGAUGGAAUGAUAGAAGUUCUGUUAUCUCUUAGAGUGAAUGCAUUAUAAAUUGCACCAGAAUUAAGAAAAAACUUAGUUUAUGAAUUAAUAAGAAAUGAUGUAUUUAAUAUUGAAGCAACAGAUAAAUUUGAUUUUGUUGUUCAUUUAUUGGAUAUCAAUAAUUAAAGUUUAAGACAUGCAAUUACUAGUUUAAUAAGUGUGAUCAGCAGCACAUUAAGAGGUGUAGAAUACUUAACUUAUAAUGGAAAUAUGAUAAUCAUAGAAAAAAUAAUAAAAAUUUUAAAAGAAUAAGAAAACGGUUCAGUAACUUAAAGAUUCUGUUUAGCAAUUUUAUAAAAAGCAAGUAUUAAAGAUACUGUAAUUCCAUCUUAUGUUUAAAAUGAAAUGAUUCAAUGGAUUAUUAAUCUCAUUCAAAAAUCAGUUAAUUCUAAAAUUCAUGUAUUUUGUCUUGAUUUUGCUUCAGCUACAUUAGCUAAUAUUAUUCAUACUCCAUAUACAUUAUAAUAUUUGGAACAUUAACCACGAUUUGCACAUCAAGUAAUGGAAUAAUUGUUAAAAUUUAUAAAAGAUUAAAUAUAAGUUUCAGUACUUAUGCAUAUUUUAAUUUGUUUAUCUUAUUUAAGUAAAGAAAAUUUUGCAAAAUAAAUGGAGGAAUGCAGAUUUGUAGAUAGAAUAAGUUAAUUUGUUGAAUUUUAUAGUGUCAUUAAUACUGGUAUAAAUAGAAAUGAUAUAUUUCAUAGAAAAUGAAGCAGCAGAAAUUGAUAAAAAAACAGUUUUAGAUUUAUGUGCUCAUAUGUUUCAUCCGAAGGAUACUUCUUUAGAUAAUUCUGAAACUUUAGAAUUAAAUGAAUUAAAAACUGAAGAUAGAAUAAGAGAAUAUGAAAAUGAACAAGGAGAAUUAAUUUUUGAAUGUUUCCAAGAUGAAGUUAGUUGA